UAUUUGGUUUGGUUUGGUUAUGGUAAUCUGUUUAUAUUACCGAUUGAUAAUGCUACCCUCGGAUGUUGGAAAGUUAUGGACACUGUCACUUUUCAUCACGAUCGUUCCCAGUACGUUCCAAACUGCAUCCUGUCAAAUAAACAACAGCACGUGGGUGGAGAUGAGAAGAAUUACCGGACUUUUCUUACACCAAUGCCUGCUCAACGAUAUAAAGAAAAAUACAACGGAGAAUGAAAACAAUAUUGGCUUAAUCUUCAAGGAGUGCCUAAAACAAAAAGGACUGAACGUUCUUGAUCGGGUAUUAAAUCGAGACGUAAUAGAAAUUACGAAAAGCAUUGUCUUGGUGAGGCGGAAUAACGAAAAUGAGACGUCAAAUCACACAGAAUGGCACAGUAAUUCGAUAAAUGAUAAAAGUUUAAGGUCGUUUCACUCAAACGAUGACUGGAAGACGGCGUUCUUAGAGAGGAUUGGUCUUUUUAUAAAAUCAAGAGUUUUAAAGAUUCGAUUGAAAGCUUUUAACAUUGCCAGUGAAUGGGAAGGAAGACACAGACGCAAGGACAACAUGAUGAGCCAACUGAUGAUGUUUGGCCUAGUAGCUGCGGGCUUCAUAGUAAUUCCUCUAGGCUUUCAAUUUCUGGCAGUCCUCGGAGGGAAAGCCUUACUAUUGGCCAAGUUAGCCCUACUACUCUCAUCAAUUAACGGUCUAAAGAAGAUUGCCACCAGCCAUAUGAAUUACGGAUUAUAUCAUGCAGGACAUCACGGCGCACCUUGUAAGAGUUAUUACGACUGCAAAAGUUUGUCUGAUUAUGACCAUUAUUCACUGGAAACCCCGCACUCACAACACGAUAGUUCUUAUUCACCAUAUGGGUAUUUUGGAUUAACAGGUGAAGGUGUAGAUUACGAUGAAACCACUGAUGACGACGACGAUGAUAUACUUUUUUCUGUUGAUAUUGACACUGAUCCUACUGUUGUAUCAGGGCACUAUGAUCGACAGUGGCUAGCUGAUACUGAUAGCCAUCCCGAUGUACACGAGUAUUCAACAAGUGGAAUUGGGCAUUCUCCAUCUCAUGCCAGUAUAUUUCCAAGGCAAGACGAUUGAUGGAAAAUAGAACUUAAUGGAAUGGAAAUACCAAAAUGUUACCCAUAUUGUGUAUUAUAUUAAUUUUUUA